UAUACCGGUGUUUACAAUAUUUCUAGCUUUGUUAAUCAAAAGUUGCUACUUAUCAACAGAUAAAAUGACGGAGGAAGUACAAAAACAUUCAGUGCACACACUGGUGUUCCGGUCCCUGAAGAGAACACAUGACAUGUUUAUUGCUGAGCAGGGAACCACACCAGCCAAAGACCCAAAAUGUGAAUUACUGAAGAGAAAACUAAAAAUAGCCGAUGAAUACUCACUUGUGAAAGACAUGCCAAAGGAAGGAGGCAACAAGAUGCAUAAUAAAGAUGUUAUCAAACCUUUAGAAGAAAAUGACUGGAAUCGUAACCAGGAUACUGCCAUUCUAGGUACCCACCCCUACCCAACAGGUUCAGGUGUCCAAUUGACAGAUGGGACAUCAAUGUACACAGACCCUAGCAAGUCAUCAAGUAUGGAAAUGGCCUUGUAUGAAAAAAACAGGAUGAUGGACACACCUGCAGGAUCUGGAGUCCAUGACAUCAAACAGAGUCAUUCUGACAGAUCAGACCCCUCAAAGGCAUUAGUUUCCAUUGGAAAUCAGCAAGCUUUGGUACCAAGGAAGGCACCUACCAUGCCCAAACCAUCCUGGCAUCCUCCUUGGAAGUUGUACCGAGUGAUCAGUGGUCACUUGGGCUGGGUCAGAUGUGUGGCAGUAGAACCUGGCAAUCAGUGGUUCGCUACAGGGGCUGGUGACAGGAUGAUAAAGAUCUGGGAUCUAGCCAGCGGGACAUUGAAACUAUCCCUGACGGGCCACAUCAGUUCUGUAAGGGGCCUGUGUGUCAGCCCAAGGCAGCCAUACCUCUUCUCCUGUUCAGAAGACAAACAGGUCCGGUGUUGGGACCUAGAGUACAAUAAGACAACAAGACACUACCAUGGUCACCUGAGUGCUGUAUAUGCCCUUGAUCUCCACCCAACAAUUGAUGUAUUGGUAACAUGUGGACGUGACGGCACUGCUCGUGUGUGGGAUGUCCGUAGUAAGGCUUGUGUGCACACACUCACAGGCCAUAACAAUACAGUGGCCAGCGUCAAGUGUCAGGCCUCUGAACCGCAGGUUAUCACAGGUAGUCACGAUUGUACAAUCAGAUUGUGGGACUUGGCUGCUGGUCGUUCACGAGCGACACUAACUAAUCAUAAAAAGAGUGUACGAGCAGUUGCUCUUCAUCCUACUCAGUACAGUUUUGCAUCCGGAUCACCAGAUAAUAUAAAACAGUGGAAAUUUCCAGAUGGCAACUUCAUACAGAAUCUAUCCGGUCACAAUUCCAUCAUAAAUGCCCUGGCUUUGAACUCAGAUGGUGUGCUUGUUUCUGGAGCUGAUAAUGGUUCCAUGUAUUUCUGGGACUGGAGAACAGGGUAUAAUUUCCAGCGGAUACAGGCAACAGCACAACCAGGUUCUAUAGACUCAGAGUCUGGGAUAUUUGCCAUGACAUAUGACCAGAGUGGCAGUCGACUUAUCACAGCUGAGGCUGACAAAACUAUUAAAAUAUAUAAAGAAGAUGAAACUGCUACGGAAGAAUCACACCCUCUGAACUGGCGGCCAGACAUCCAGAGAAAAAAAAGAUACUGAUAUGGGCAUUAUUGAUAACAGUCAUAUACAUGUACUGUGUCAGAGAUGGACCAGUGUUUCUAUCAAUCAGAUAUGGAGUUGCUGUGACAAGGCAAGGAUUUUGUUGUGAAUCUUGCCCAAGGACAAUUAACGCCUAAUACGGGUGGAUAGUCUAAGGUGCCGGUCAUGUUGGUUCAGUCAUUGGUACAUCUGAAACCUUGUUUCAGACUCUCAAUUCUUACCUUAUAUGGUUAACUCAAGACUAUGUUAAAUUUGGGUAUGAUUGAUUGACCAGUACAGUUAGAUCUUGGCUUUAGUAGACAAAUUUCAUUUUGUAAGAUUAAGUUGUUUUUAUAUCCAGAUAAUUAAGGCUUGAUAAUGUCUGUAUAAAGCCGAUUCAGGUAUGUGGAAUGAAAACAGGUAUAACCUACUGAAGGUCUUUGAUGAUGUAAUUGGUAAUUAUAAAAUUACUGUUUGGAAUUAAAAACAAAAAACCCACUUUGUAAUGCAGUUGGUUUUAGCUGUAAAGGUGAUGAUAUGAAGUGGUUAGAUUUCAUUGUCAAGGAAUUAUUUUCAUUAUUUUGUGGUGAGGAGUGGUUCUGAUUACAAUCAUAUACAGCAAUGGACGAGCCUUGGCGACAAGUAUCAUGUUUAGGGUUAUAUAUAGUCAGGUACAUCAGAGAUAUUUGUCUUGAUGAUAAUCCUAUCUGUUCAUUAAGUAUAUGAUACAGCAAUCACUUCAAAUAGACUCUUUAAUUACCAGUUUCUCUGUACAGCAGUAACAUUAUUAUGUAUAAACUCAUUCAAGUCUGAUAUAGACAUGAUAAUUCCUGACAGUAAGUGAUAAGAAAGAGAACUUUCUGCUGUGUAGAAUCUUUGUCAUUGCAUGAUUUUCAGAUCCAAAAUUGUAACAACUGAAUACAUAAUAGUAGUAGUAUUUCUGUUUAUAUAUCCUAUUAUCACACCUUUGUGUAAAGUUUUGAAUUCAAACCAUGCUGUAAUUCAUGAUUCAAAACAAAACAGAACACUUAUUUGAUUUCCCUAUAAGGCAAGUCAAUGGUGACUAUUGGGCAGUGAAUUAUCUAUAUUUCAAAACAUCAGAACACAUUUGACCAAAAGCAGGCUAAUAACAGGACACUCCUUAUGUAGAGCAUGUUGAUUUUUUCCAAUUGUAAUUGGACAAAUAAGAAAAGUAUGUGGUGGUAGGGGGAGGAGGGGGAUGAAUAACAUAAAGGGUUAGGUAGAGGUGAUUAUUGGAAAAUUUCCUUCAAAUUUUGGUAUAUUUUCACAAUUUUAUCACACGUUAUCCAUGUUUUAUAUUUAAAGAUAAUUGAAUUUGGGAUUGAAUGAUUAGCAAAUAUGCUUUAAUGAAUCAUUAAGUAAGAAAAAGAGAUACUUGAUAUAGUAAUGUAGUCUAUUGUCUAGCUUAGCACGGGACAUGAUCAUUGCUAUGUUUCUGACCUCAGUACAGUAUGACUUCUUAACUUCAUCAAAUCACCUUCACACUUCCGAGACAGCACAGGAAGAAAUCAUCAUUUUAAUUACACCUUUGUUUGAUAAUAAAUUCAGAGCUAUAUUUGUUACUGAAUAAUGGAUAAUAACAUUUUUAUAUUAGCAUAUUUUAAACUGAAUAAAAUGUUGAUA